GGGGGUUUGUUUCUUUUUCCUUGCUCUUCGUCUCCCACCUGCAACAGUAAUGAUUUUCUCGUUACAGGUAUCGUUUUUGAGGAAUCUGAGGAGUUGGGGUUGUGAAAAAGUGGAAGUUGUUGCAUUUGAAAAACACCCAGAAGAGGAGGAAGAAGAAGCCCUUCAGAAAACAUAAAAACAGAACAAGUGCACGGGCGUUUUGAGGGGGGAGAAAAAGGAGGUUACUUUCUCUUUUGAUUGGGGGUGAAAAUCUGAUAAUCAUUCAAACGCCUCCGAAUCCUUUCUUUCCUUCUAUAUUUGGAUUCUGUUUCUGAGUUUCUUAUUUUUGUGCUCCUUUUUAUUGGGGUUUUUUGGGGGGGGUCUGUUUUGUUUUUCCUCUGUGUGUGUGUUUCAUGUCUCAACAAAGGCAAUUCCUGACGGUGGGUGGGAGUAAUCCGGGGCAAUAUAAUGAUACCGCGUUGACAAAAAUUUUUGUUGGAGGGUUGGCUUGGGAGACACAGAGGGAUACCAUGAGGCGUUAUUUUGAGCAAUUUGGGGAGAUUCUUGAGGCUGUGGUUAUUACAGACAAGAACACUGGAAGAUCUAAGGGUUAUGGCUUUGUCACAUUCAAGGAUCCAGAGGCUGCAAGGAGAGCAUGCCAAAACCCAUCUCCAAUCAUUGAUGGAAGGAGGGCAAAUUGCAAUCUUGCAUCCCUUGGUGGACACAAGACUCGCCCACCAACUCCUCAACAUGGGGGAGGCAGGUUUAGACCAACACAUGGAUUGAUAUCAGCACCGUCUUAUCAUGGUUCUUCAUCAUCUUACAUGCAACAACCCACUGGUCAAUACUCAAUUCCUUAUUCAACUUAUGGGUACUCUGGAUAUUCACAAGACACCAUUUAUCCUUUGAACUAUUACGGUCUCUAUGGAGGUCAGCAGUUCUCACCGUACUAUGCAACAGGAGCAUCAGGGGCACCGGGGAUGUUUCAUAAUUUUUAUCCAUUUUAUGCACAAUAUGCACAAAAUAGUCAAGGUCAUGGUUUUGGUGUUCAAUAUCCCCAAAUGCUACAGUAUCCUUAUGUGGCUCAGCAGUUUAGCUCUACGGGAAUCCUAUCACUUCCUUCUUCAAUUCCCUCUGCAACAACUAGCACAGCAAGCACAACAAUAACAACUCCUGCAAGUACAAUAAUGAUAACUCCAGCAACCACAACAGUGCCAGUAACAACAUCGUCAACAGCAGCAGCAGCAGCAGCAACAGCAACAGCAACAACAGCAACAACAACCACCACCACCACCACCACCACCACAACUGGGGUGGUAGGAACGGAGGCUUCACAAGCUUCUUCCGAAGCAUCUGCUGAAAAGAACUCAUCAACCUAAUAAAUUGUGGUGGAAUACAGAGUCUUUUGCAAGUCAAUCAAGAUUCAUUCAAAACACAGAAAAAGUUCAAGAGCUUACAGAAGUAUUUAUUUGAUUCAAAAAAAGGAUACGUGAUCACCAAGCUUAACAAGAGAUGCUAUUCAAGAAUUCAGCACCAGAUUGUUCAUUCAAAGGAACCAGCAUUUUCAGAUCCCAAACUCAAUCCACUGACUAUCUCUACACAAUUCAUUCUCAACCAUUCGCAACAGUAUUGCAUUUAUGAUCAUCUUAGUUACCAUCACACAUGUUUGGUUUAGGAAAGUAGGAAGUCAAAGUAGUUGUUAGCAUUAGGCCAAGAAAUCAUAUUCAUUCAUAUAUGUAUUGGGUGGAAACCAAUAUUGGCUUUGGAUUCCACCUUAUAUACUAAUCAUCAGAUGAUUAUUGUCUUGGAUGCAGAGAGUAUCCGAUGACUCGGUCUUUGUUCAUAUUAAGUGGGUUCAUAAGAUUAAUUUUGUAUCUUUGAACUCAAAUUUGAUUGAUUGGUCAAGAAAAAAUGGGCAGGCUUGGACAGCUUACCCACGAAGUUGUAAUUCUUUGUUUUAUUAAUGGUUGAUACUUUUUAAGAUAGGAUUAGGUGGGAUAAUAAGAUGGUGUCUGUCUC